GAUUACCCAAUCACACGCGAGAAGCUCACUUAUCUUGGUUGGCAAGAAUGGGACGACGACGCUCCAAGUGGAAGGACAACAAGCGCCUGGAUCGCGGCAGCCAAUUGCUGCAUCAUGCUAAGGCUGGAGACUGCGUAGCGCUAAAAGCGCUCCUGGAUGAAUCGAAUGAAGAAUCGAGCGAGUGUUUGCAGCUCACACAGGACCAUAAUGGCUCGACGGCGUUGCACCUCGCAACCAGUGAAGGGCACUGCGAAAUGGUGCAAUUGCUUCUGCAACUCGGAGCUGGUGAGGUCCAUUUAGCUGGCGGACGGAAGAAAUAUGCACGUACGCCACUGCACGAGGCUGCGAUCAAUGGACACUUGGAAGUCUGCCGCCUCUUAGUGAACUUCGGACUCUUGGUGGACUGCCACACCACGAGAGGACGCACACCGCUCAUGUAUGCUGUGAAAGGCAACUUUGUGGAGCUAGCGCGAUACUUUAUCAAAGAAGCAGGUGCCAAUGUGAACGAACAGAACGAGAUGGGGGUGACGGCAGUAUAUAUUGCGUGCCAGGACGGGCAGGAGGACAUGGUAAAGUUCCUUGUCCAAGAAGCACACGCGGAUGUGAAUUUGAGUAAUCGAACCAACCAUGCACCGCUCCAUGAAGCAGUCGCCGGUGGGUUUACGGCCGUAGUGGAUUUCUUGCUGAACAACGGAGCGGACAAGUACGUCGUGGAUAAGAUGGGCGUGACGGUGUGGCACGAAGCUGCGGGCAAUGGAUCUGUGGACAUGCUGGAGCUGCUAGUCCAGCACGACGUGUCACUCCAUCCGAACGGCCAGGAACAAGUAGACAAGGUGAUGGCUCGACAUCCGUUCCACUAUGCAGCAGUGGAGGGUAAGGCAGACUUUGUGCAAGCACUUCUGAAGAAAGAGCUCGUGGACGUCAACUUCGUGGAUAGUGAUGGCUGCACUGCACUCUACUAUGCAGCUGCAAAUGGUCACGUGGAUGUCAUGCAAGUGCUGCUGAGCUCCGGUGGCGACCCAAAUGUUGUCUCCAUUCGUCGAUCGCCUUUGCAUUGCGCUGUCGAGUGGCACCGUGUCGAGUGCGUGAAGCUACUGCGUCAGCAUGGUGCCGCGUUGGAUGCGAAGGACAAGGACGAUCUCACGCCUGUCAAGGUGGCAGAACAAAAAGGCUUUUGCGAUCUGUUGGCGCUUCUCGAUGAUGGCGAUGCGACGGCCCCGUAAACCUCAACAUGGUGGACACGAGAACUGAUGAAGUCGCAACGAACCUUUGCACAGCCAACUGUCCUAGCUGUUCUAUGCGCGGCCACUUCAUAGUAAUUAUAUAGUCAGCCUGGUAAUUACCAUUCCACUGCGCAAUGGACCAAGAGCUUGUCAUUUCUAACUCCACUAGCACAGAUCUUGUCGCUGUAAGAUCCGAUUGCACGACUUGAACAACCUGGUCAUCAUGGUGAUUAUGAUCAAGGUCUAGCUAGGCCAAUCCGAUCGCUCGAAUGCAAGAUCUCCUACG